AUGCUGGGAGCUUGGAGAGCUAUCAGCAUGGCUCAUCGUAUUCUAACGCAGAUUGUCCUCACGGGAACCAGAGUGUUUGGUCGAGCGUUUGCGGAAGCUUAUAAGCAAGCGUCUGCAUCUUCAAGGUACCAAGCGCAUGCGCAGAAAACCGGCAGUUCCUCGGGCUCGUUCUCAUCCUCCGGUUUAACUUUGGAUGAAGCAUGCAAGAUCCUCAAUGUCAAGCCGCCAAUGGGUGGAGAGACAAACAUGGAGCAUACAAUGGAGCGAUUUAAGAAGUUGUUUGAUCUGAACGAUCCAAAGAAGGGUGGAAGUUUCUACCUCCAGAGCAAGAUCCUUCGUGCUCGCGAAAGAAUCGAGAUGGAGGUCAGAGAAGCAGCGAGGAAUGCGAAAAUCGAAAAAGAGGUACGGGAAGGCUGGAACCCGAAAUUGUUCAAAGAUCGAUGA